CGUUCCGGCUCCUGCCCUCAGCCGCUCUCUGCCGCCAGCCUGCAGCCCCCUCUCACGGCCCCUCGCUCAGCACGACCCUUAACUGCGUUCCCGGCUUCCGUCACCCGCUCCUCCCGAGCGCCCCUUCUCUGGCGGAGAGCAGCCUUCGCUCUGUCAGCUCGUGUUUGUACCAGAAAGUUCCGCCGGUUCUCCUCUCCUUGCCUCGCCUGCUAAUGCUGCCGCUGGGUUAUCCCAGCGCCUGCCUGGGUAGCUGUGCUGGUACAGGACGCUGUUGUGCGCAGUGAGUUGUGCUCAACAUGGCUAGUACAUUCCGGGAAACGCCUACACGUGAUGCUUCUCUUUCUGAAAAUGUUGAUGCUAAGCUGUCCUUUCUACCUGAAAAACUGAGAAAGAAACUGCUUCCUUUUCAGGAGAAAGGCAUCAUAUUUGCACUUCAAAGAAAUGGAAGGUGUAUGAUUGCUGAUGAGAUGGGAUUAGGUAAAACAAUUCAAGCAAUUGCCAUUUCCUAUUACUAUAAAAAGGAAUGGCCUCUUUUAAUUGUAGUGCCUUCAUCUCUGAGAUAUCCUUGGGUUGAUGAGAUGGAGAAAUGGAUACCAGAACUCUCUCCAGAUGAUAUUAGCAUCAUUCAGAACAAAACUGAUACUGGGAGAAUAUCAACCAGCAAAGUGACAAUUCUGGGAUACGGCCUAUUAACUACUGAUGCACGGACUUUAGUAGACACUUUGUACAGGCAAAACUUUAAAGUAAUUGUGAUUGAUGAAUCACACUAUAUGAAAUCCAGAAAUGCCACUCGCAGCAAGAUUUUGUUGCCAAUUGUGCAGAAAGCUGUUAGAGCUGUCCUUCUUACUGGAACUCCUGCUCUAGGAAGACCUGAAGAGCUUUUCAUGCAGAUUGAGGCACUUUUUCCAAGGAGAUUUGGAACUUGGAGUGAAUAUGCCAAAAAAUACUGCAAUGCUCGUGUCAGAUUUUUUGGUAAAAGAACUCAUUGGGACUGUAGAGGAGCUUCAAAUUUAGAAGAACUACAUCAACUUUUAAAUGAAAUAAUGAUCAGAAGACUGAAGAAUGAUGUUUUAACUCAGUUGCCUCCCAAAGUUAGGCAGCGUAUUCCAUUUGACCUCCCACAAGCUGCAGCUAAGGAUUUGAAUACGACUUUUGCAGAGUGGGAGAAGUUAAUGAGAAGUCUGAAUUCAGAUGCCACUGAAAGCCACUUUGUUCAAGUCAUGAGCCUAAUCACACGCAUGUAUAAAGAAACAGCCAUUGCCAAGGCAGGAGCAGUAAAGGACUAUAUCAAAAUGAUGCUUGAAAAUGACAAAUUAAAGUUUCUAGUUUUUGCUCACCACUUAAGCAUGCUUCAAGCGUGUACAGAGGCUGUUAUAGAAAAUAAGGCUCGCUACAUACGAAUAGAUGGAAGUGUUCCUUCUGCAGAAAGAAUACAUCUUGUUAAUCAGUUUCAGAAGGAUCCUGACACCCGGGUUGCUAUUUUGAGUAUUCAGGCAGCCGGUCAGGGUUUAACUUUUACUGCUGCUACUCAUGUUGUAUUUGCUGAAUUAUAUUGGGAUCCAGGCCAUAUUAAGCAAGCAGAAGACAGAGCACAUCGAAUUGGGCAAUGCAGUUCUGUAAAUAUUCACUUCCUUAUUGCAAAAGGAACACUGGAUCCUCUUAUGUGGGCCAUGCUGAAUCGUAAGGCCAAAGUUACAGGCAGCACCUUGAAUGGCAAGAAAGAGAAAAUACAGGCUGAAGAAGGUGAUAAGGAGAAGUGGGAUUUUUUGAGUUUUGCUGAAACCUGGACCCCAAAUGAAAGUCUGGAAGAUUGCAGAAAUGAACUUUUAUUUACACAUCUUGAAAAGGAAAGACAGCAUGACAUUCGUUCCUUCUUUUCCCCAAAAUCCUCCACUGAGAAGAAACGCAAAAUAUUUUCUUGUAAUGAACCAUUAAAUCUUGCUUCAGAUUCACUUGAAGUCACAAAAGAAGAGGAUGCAGAGAAGAACCAUGAAAACCUGGAUUCCACAGGAAUAAGUGAUGUGGAUUCAAUUUGUCAUAAAAAUACCUAUGAACCUAAAGCUAAAAGAUCAAGAAGUAUAAGUGGAUCUACUCCAGUCAUCCUCAGUAAGAAAAAUUCUUUGGCUGGAAAAAAAACCACUUUGUUUACAGAAAAAAGCAAUCAGGUCCUUCCUCAUGGCUUAAAUACUUCAAGCAAAAGCAUGGCUCUAGAAAAAGUUUGGCACUGUGAUGUUUGCACUUACAGUAAUAAUGAAUUACUCUCUUACUGUGAAAUGUGCAAUCGUCCUCAGAGCAGUAAUGCUGUAGUUGAAAGAAACUGUGAAUCUCCUAUUAGCCAGACUGAAGAAGAUGUAUCAAAGGCCUCUAAAAGAAUAGGAGAGAAAACAGUGUGCAGUGAAGAAGACAGAAGAGAUUUUGUGGAAGCAGCAACCCAGCAGUCUGACGAUAUCAGUGAACUGGAAGCUAUUGAAACUGAGAAUGGAAGUGAAAAAAAGUGUGAAGAAGAAGAUGUAGGUAAAUCAAAUAUGUUUCCAGUAUAUGAUGGGCUUAUGUUCUGUGCAAGCAGGAAUACUGAUAGAAUUCACCUCUAUACAAAGGAUGGUGAACCACUGAAUCAUAAUUUCAUUCCAUUGGACAUACAGUUGGAUAACUGGGAGGAUUUACCAGAGACUUUCCAGCAAAAACAAAAUCGUUCAUUGAUACUGAGAUUUGUGAAAGAAUGGAGUCAUCUAACAGCAAUGAAACAGAGAAUUGUCAGAAAAAGUGGUGAGAUAUUUUAUAAUCCUAUUCUUGCUGCAGAAGAGAUGUCUAAAAAGCAGUCGGUGGUUAGCUGCACAAAAAGGUAUGUGACCAAGGAGGAUGUUGCAGCAGCCUCACUUAGCAAAGCUAGCAGCAGUGGUGGCAGCGUUCGUCUCAUCUCCAAAGAAAGUAGGGUUUGUCUGAAGAAUAAAGAUGCUUCUAUUGAACAAACUGGUCAUUCCACAGAGUUGCUUGUGGAAAAUGGAAAAGAUCCUUCAGUUCUUCAUUCAGAUCAGGCUGAAGGUGAAGGUUCCUCCCCAUCCAAAGGCUAUUUGCAGGCUCUGGAUAGCAAAGGGAACCCACUUUGUCUCAGCUGUCAGCAGCCAACGGUUCAGCCUGGCCAAGGCUGCCAGGCCCCGGCUUGGGACACGCGAUUCUGCUCUCACGCGUGCCAGGAGGACUUCUCGAUUCGCUCUAGUCAGAGCUACCUUAGGACUAAAGUGUUUGAAAUUGAACGCGGUGUUUGCCAGUUUUGCAGUCAGAACGCCCAGGAGCUUUAUCUCAGUAUCAGAGAUGCGCCGAAGAGUCAGCGUAAGAAACUUCUGGAGAGUUCUUGGAUGUCUCACCUCCCCCUAGGGCAGUUGAAUGAAAUUAUAACGAACCCAACAGAAGGCCAGUUUUGGCAGGUGGAUCAUAUCAAACCGGUUUAUAGUGGAGGAGGACAGUGCUCCCUGGAAAACCUUCAGACUCUGUGCACAGUCUGCCACAAAGAGAGAACUGCAAAACAAGCUAAAGAAAGAAGUCAAAUGAAGAGACGUUCUUUAGCUACAAAGUAUGGCUGCGAUAUCACAAAAUUUUUUGUUAAGAUGUAAAAAUGCAAGAUAUUCAGUUUAUAUUACUUCACUUUUCCUUAUGCACUGAUUAAAAACCAUAUAUAGUCUAUCAUGCUUUUAAGAGGAAAAAAAAUGGAACUGAAAGUAAAGCAUUUAUGCCAUUUUGAAAGGACCUUGGAGGAUUGCAUAGCACUUGAUCAUGGAAAUAUUUUUAUAGAGCUGUGAUUUAAGAGCUAAAUUUCUGGGUAUAACAUUAACGCAACUUCAGUGUAUUACUAUUUUCUUAUUACAAUGUAGGUGCACCUGUAAGAACUGCAGGAAAUUCUGCUGAAACUUUUGUUGGUUUUAUAGUGUUCAAGUGUAUUGGGGGACAGAGGAGAUUAAUAUCUGAACCAAAAAAAAAAAAUUAAAUUUAGAUAUCUAAGUUACCAGAGGAAAUACAGGCCCUGAUCUCUAUUACGACAAAAUAGCAUAAUUGAUUUGUCUUCUCUAAAAUAACUGUAUCAUACCCACAAAACAGAUGAAUAGAAGUCUUGGAAAUACUCUAAUCAGCUAUGAAAGACCUAUUAUUCGCAUUGGAUCUGACUUCAGAAAAUCUGGGCAUUUAAAAUUAAUGUUUAUUGAAAUCACCUUUUCUUUAAAACAGCUUGUGUUUAAAAUGUAAUUCACAAUACUUGGUAAUAUCCAUUGUUUCUUAUUUCUUCAAAGGUAAAACUAAUUUCUGUGAAAAUGCUGUAGUCACAGCGUAACUAUCUUGUUCUGUUUAACCAGCAUCUCUGAAGUCUUGUUAUUUUGGACUGUUUAAGUGGCUUUCAGGUUACUUUAAAUAAAAACAUUUCUUUUUCUAGUAA